GGAGGCUGGAGCUGGUAAAAGCCCGUCCUCCCCCGUGGUUUCGGUCACCUCCUCGCUUUCCUUCUUCACUUGGUAUCUAACGCAAUCAGCGGGGAACCCCAAACCCUAAUCCUCUCCAUCCGCGACGCCGGAGACAGCCGUGUCGGAGCUCGGUUCUCGGGGUUCUGCAUCGAUUCUGUUAUCUAGGUUUCUCAGAUGGGCGAUCUCAAGGAGGUUUUCCGCUCCCUCCAAGAACUCUUCCCUCAGGUUGAUCAUCGUAUACUGAAGGCUAUCGCAAUUGAGCACCGUAAAGAUGUUGAUUCCGCGGUGGUUGCUGUCCUUGAUGAAGUCAUGCCAUCCAUGACUGGUUCGGCUGGAGCUUUGUCUACCCAUCGAGAAGGGUUGCCAUCUAUGGAUGAUUCUGUUGGGAAUUUGUUUGCUAAUCGCAGCACAUGUGAAGUGGGAAGUUCAUCGUCUGCUGGACAUGAUAUACAUAUCGAUGAGAUUGAUGUAAGUGUUCACUCUGCGCAACACACUUCUUCUGGGGAGGUCAAAACUUGCAAGCAAGAAAACAUAAACAUUGAAUAUGUGGGAAGAGUUGCAUCAAUCGAAGGGGUCAGUGAGCAACUAAAUCUACAUUCUGAUCCUAUCCCAAAUGACGGUCAGCAUGAUUUGAUUCCCAACCUUGAUGUGCUAUCUUCAAAUACCAAUCCAGAGAAACAGUUGGCUAACACAGAUAAUGAAGUUGGAUACGGUGGAUUGUCAAGUGAAUGUUUUUCUCAACCACCGACAGGGGAAGACGGUGGUGAUAUCCCACAAUCCCAUGAUCAAGAUCCUAAUAAGAUUAUUCCAGUUGGGGAUUACUUCCCCCAGAACACUUCAAUGAAGUUCUUCAGUGGUUAUGAGGACAUAAAUUUUGAUGAUGACCUUUUGCCUCUUGGUUCUAAUGAUCAAAUAUCUUCUGGAAUUUUGGGUACUGAAAAAGAUUCUUUUGCACCUGUGCUGGAUGUUCCUGGCCGAGAUAAAGAAGAAUCCUCAGUUGGGACUUCUGGAUUUAUAGAACAGAAGGACACCAGCAGUGUUGCAGAUAUGCUUCCUGAUCUUAAUUUGAAUCAUUUUGCUUCUACGGCUUCAGCUCACUCAAGCCAUUCUGUUAGUAUUGAGUCUCUUGAGGAUUCUGUUGCUGAUGCCAGAAGCAAUAAGAAUGAUCUGUUACCUUCUCUAGAGUUGGUUACAAAAAUGAUAGAGGAUGUUGAGCUUCUUGAAGAAAAGGCUAAAGUAGCCAAGCAUGAAGCAUCUGUUGCUGGGACAGGCAUUCUGACCAAAGUUGAGGAGCUCAGAGAAAUGUUAACUCAUGCAAAGGAAGCAAAUGAUAUGCAUGCUGGCGAGGUUUUCGGUGAGAAAGCUAUUUUAACCACAGAGGCACGUGAGCUUCAAUCACGACUUCAGAGGCUUUCAGAUGAGAGGAAUAAAUAUCUGGUGAUAAUUGAAGAGAUACGCCAAACUCUUGAUGAAAGAUUGGCUGCUGCACAACAAGAAAUUGCAGCAGCUGAGAAAGAAAAGAUUGAAAAGGAGGCUGCUGCUCAGGCACUACUUGAUGAACAGGAAAAGACGAUGAAUUCUAUUGUUGAAGAAUCAAGAAAGCUGCAGAUAGCAGCUGAGGAGAACCUGAAGUUGAAGGAAUUCUUGGUUGAGCGGGGGCAAAUUGUUGAUAUGCUGCAAGGUGAGAUGGCCGUGAUCUGUGAGGACGUUUCGUUGCUCAAGCGAGUGGUGGAUGAGCGCCUAUCAUUGAGCAAGUUGCAGCGCUCAGCUAUGUCGAGCCUCUCUUCUUCACUGCAUUCUUCUCAACACAAGAGCUGGACUUCCUCGGAUAGGACUACUGAAGCAAUGGAGUCUCCAGAUAAGCGCACCCUUGUUGAACCUGCAAGCCCAGUGUGCAAAGAUCUGGAUGGCGAUGACGACGAGUGCACUGUGGAAGUGUCAUAUGGCAACGACACUGGUAAAGGUAUCUUGAAGCGCGUGAAUUCCAAGGAGGACGGUGAUGGAUGGGAGCUUUGCUGAAGAUGUUCAGGAAUAGCGGCCUUGCCAGAUGAUGCUGAACUGCUGAAGCAUAGAAAAUAUGAACUAGCAAUAAUGGUGUAUAAACGUUUUACUAGUCCGGUGCUAAUCUAGUCGUUUUCAUAUGAAAUCGGCGAACUGUCGUGGAACUGAGUCACUGGCUCACCGCAGCAGUAUGUGAGAUGAGUCCAACUGCAGCUUGAUGUGGUAUAUAUAAAAGUGAACAUUUCAGCUGCCUCUGCUGCCGAAAUUUUAAGUUGUUUCUAA